AUGGCCGCGCCGCCGGUGCUCCCGGACGAGCUCGUCGAAGAGAUCCUCCUCCGCCUCCCGCCGGACGACCCAGCCUUCCUCCUCCGCGCCUCCCUCGUCUGCAAGACCUGGAGCCGCGCCGUCUCCCACCCCAGCUUCCGCCGCCGCCUCCCCGAGCUCCACGGCACAGCCCCCGUGCUCGGCUUCCUCCACGACUGGAGUGACAAGCGUAUCCCCAACUUCGUUCCCACCACCGCCUCAGCCUUCUCCCUGGCCGCUCCGGACCGCCGGAUAUGGCGGGCCCUCGACUGCCGCCACGGCCGCGCCUUCUUCGUCACCGAGCCCAAGAUCUGCGAAACCAGGGGACUCCUCGUGUGGGAGCCUGUCACGGGCGCUCAGCAGCGCGUGCCGGUGCCCGCGGCGUUCGGGAACAUGGACGAGCACAUACUGAUGUACCCGAGCGCGGCCGUGUUCUGCGCGGCGGCUGGGUGCGACCACCACGGCUGCCACGGGGGGCCCUUCGGCGUGGCCUUCGUCUUCACCGUCGAUCCACACAAUGACGACCACGAGGAGUAUGUCACGUCGGGGUGUGUGUACUCGUCGGAGACUGGAACCUGGGGCGAGCUGACCCCGAUGCACUGCGAGUUCGGGAUGGACUUCGGAGAUUUCACCUGCGUGCUCGUUGGGAGGUCUCUCGUGGUGUACUUCAUGUCCAACAGCAUGGCGAUCCUCGAGUAUAACUUUCAAAGGAAUGAACUGGCUCUUAUCGACACACCGGACACACCAGACUAUCGAGAGAUAUUUAGCCUCAUGCUGGCAGAGGAUGGAGGGUUGGGAGUUAUCCAAGACUUGGAUUCACACCUCAAGUUGUGGUCAAGGGAGGCGAGCGACAACACUGAUGGACAAUGGGUACUGAGCCGCGUUAUCGACCUGGGAAAUUUGCUCCCAGUUAAAGCUCUCGUGAAUGCAACAAGUAGUCUGUUCGUGUUGGGCUUUGCUGAGGGAGCAGAUGUCAUUUUCGUUGACACGGUUGUUGGCCUCUUCACAAUCGAGCUACUGUCCCAACGGGUGAGGAAGGUGUGCGGUAAGAAUGGCUUCCGCCAAUUGAUCCCAGUUGUUGACUUCUUCACCCCCGUGUCCUGGAAUGAGCACCAGGAUCAUCUGCUGUGGAAUGCUAGUGAGGAGGAAGGAGGGGAAGAGUAG